AUGAAGGACACUGCAAAUCCAUGCAUGAUUGUGGCAACACUUAUUACCAUCGUGGGUUUGUCUGCACCUUUUACAGUGCCAGGUGUUACCAGAGAAGAGACGGAGAUUACUAACUUCAUUCAGAAACUUUCCUUCAGGAUUUUUGUCAUAUCUGAUGCAAUAUUGCUGGCAUCAUCAGCUGGUUCUAUACUAACAUUCUUAUCCAUUCUCACUUCACGAUAUGCAGAUGAAGAUCUCCUUUAUGUGUUGCCCAGAAAGUUGUUGUUUGGAUUCUCAUCACUUUUCUUGUCAAUAGUAGCAUUGAUGGUAGCGUCUUGUGCAGUUAUGUUCUUUGUCUUCAAAGAUGGAGGGAUGUUAAUUCCUGUUCUUGUUAGCAUGAUUGCUUCCUUGCCUUUCAUUGUGUUCACGAUGCAACAGUGCCGACUCCUUUAUGAUGUAGUGCGCUCCAACUUUGAAAAUAGGUUUUCUUUGCAGGACGGUAAGCUCUCUCUUUUCGACGCUGACGACGAAGAGAAAUCAUGGAACCUUAAAAAGUGA